AGCAUGGGCGUUGUUGUUUUCAAGGACACAGCUUUCCUUGAGAUUUCAGCAUUGUCGCUAACCAAAGAUAUGGGUUGGAAAGGUAAAGAGGAAUUCUCGGAGUACACUCGAUCAUGGGCUAUCCUUCGCGAUUCUUAUAUGGCAUUUUUGCCUGAUAUUAGCUCAGAUGAUCAUAAAGAACAGGUCCUUGGCCUUAAUUUGCAUCAUAUUGAGAUUGGAAACAUGCAUCGCAAGGUUGAGAUGAAAGGCGGGUAUAACCGAGAGAUGAUUGAGUGGGUGGAUCACAUCAAAAAGAUGGAGCAAGCAAGCCCUUGGGUCAAGAAUCACCGCUUUGAUAGCUUCGCACCUGAACGUGAGGAUGCAAAGAUUCGCUAUUAUGUUGAUGGCAAGGACUACUUUCAUGCAGUUUCAGAUGCCAUCCUGGCGGCCAAAAACGAAAUUUAUAUUGCGGACUGGUGGCUGUCUCCCGAAUUGUACCUUCGGCGUCCACCUGAGAAAAACGAAGAAUUUAGGAAGGUGAAGAUAUACGUAGUUGUUUACAAGGAGAUCUCGCUUGCUUUGACACUGGAUUCUGCCCAUACUAAGACCUGGCUUCAAGACCUUCAUCGUAACAUUCAGGUUCAACGCCAUCCUGAUCAUAUUGGUGUCAAUGCUACUCAGUUUUGGGCCCAUCACGAGAAAAUCUGCGUGAUUGAUUGUCGUUUGGCUUUCAUUGGUGGUCUCGAUCUUCUAUCAGACUAUCACCCUUCCGGAAGUGGAACUAUUUGGCCAGGUCAAGAUUAUUCCAAUCCGCGUAUUAAGGAUUUUGUCAAUGUAAAAGAGUACCAUAGUGAUCUGAUUGAGCGUAAAUUGCUUAGUCGUAUGCCAUGGCAUGAUGUCUCGAUUGGUCGUUGGAAUUUUGUGAAGCGUGAAAAGGGUAUGAAAAAAACACACAUGAAGUUCUUGACCCCCAAGGGAGAAUUCGUCAGCACACGCAACGAAUCCGGUUGGACAGGCACGCAAAAGGUUCAGAUUCUUCGAAGCAGCACCACUUGGUCGCAAGGUGUGGAUUUGGAGCGUUCAAUCCAAAAUGCUUACUUAUCCUGCAUUGAAAACGCAGAACACUUUAUUUACAUUGAAAAUCAAUUCUUCGUCACCCUUGCUGUGGAGGAUGGCAACCCUGAGCUCAAGAACACUAUUGGAAUAGCCAUAGUGAAUCGCAUUAUUAGAGCACACAGUAAGGGCGAAAAGUUCCGAGUGAUUGUCAUGAUGCCACUUAUGCCUGCAUUCGAAGCUGACAUCAUGGCAAGCGAGGCAGGCACUUUACGCAAAGUCAUGCAUUUCCAAUAUAUGUCCAUUUGUCGUGGAGGGAACUCUGUGCUGGAACGAUUGGAGGCUAAUGGCAUCAACCCAGACCAGUAUAUCGGCUUUUAUGGGCUUCGUAGUUUCGACCGCAUCAAACAUGGAAAGUUUGACGCAAUUCUAGAAGCAGUUAAAGAGGCUGAGCUUGAAGGAGUACUAUUGUCUUCUGGUCAAACUGGGGAGACUGCUGAUUCGGUUGAUACUCAGGAGAAGGGCAGAGUACAGGCCGGUUCUAGUAAGAAUCAACACCCUCGGGCUCCAGUCAAGGCUGCAGAGGGCGGUGAAGUAAAAGAACGCAAGUCACUUGCUUCGAAGUUUCUUCUCGACCCUAUUCCGCGUGAUAAGCGGGCAGAGCACAAGCAUAGAAGAUGGGAUGAGAGCAUUACAAACGAGCCAUGGGUCUGGAGCAAUAAGAACCAUACGCCUUCAUAUACAGAUGGUUCUAAUAUUGAUGACGCUAAAGAGGAGUCUGAGAUGAUUAUCGAGCCUGCACCAAAAGAGAGCAAUGCAUCUCAAUCACCUGAGAACGCUCCUCUCCCUAUCAGCAACAGUAGUAGUAGUGGCAGCAGCUCGAAAACCAAGGACGAUGAUGACUCAUUAAUCGAAGAUAACGAGGUGGAUGACUUUAUUGCUAUUAUAAUUGAGGAUACGGAGAUGGUUCCUUCCAAGAUGAAUGGAGAAGAGUACCAAGCUGGAAAGAUUGCACACGCUCUCCGAACAGAUCUGUUCAAAGAGCAUCUGGGAUUACUACCUCACGUUGAGCAUGAUGUUGUAACUCAAGCAAGUGUGUUGCCUCAAGGACCUGCGCUUGUAUGUAAGGAGCUUAUUGCUGAUUCGCUUACAGAGCAGCAGGAGGAAAAAGUCCAUGUACCAUUUGGUCACGGAGGAUUCGAAGGCAUUCAGCAAUGGCAUGCAAAGUUAUCGGAUAGUAAGGUCAAGCAAGAUCCCAAGACGGCGGAUCAAAUUGUCAUGGACCCACUGCACGACGAUUUCUAUGUGAAUUGGUGGAAGCGGGUUGCGAACCAAAACACAUUGAUUUUCCGAGAGAUCUUUCACUGUGUUCCAGAUCAAACUGUGGAAACGUGGGAUGAGUACAAAGCAUUUAUUCCGGACAAUAAGAAAGUAUUGACAGGACAUGUGGUCAUGGAGGGAGCAACGGUAGAGAAUGUGACUGAGAAACUUCAGGGCAUCACUGGACAUUUAGUGGAGUUUCCAACAAGGUUCUUGUGUAAAGAAAAUUUGCUGGGUAAUAUUGUUGAAGGCGCGGUGACGCCGCUGGAAAUCUUUACUUAGACAACUUGAUAUGCUACCUAUUUAUACCAUGUAAAUUCCGAACGAUCAUGUUAGUCAAAUGAGAAAGGGAUUUUGUAAUCUAGACUUUUUGUUUUAUUAUUUAUUUUUAUAAAUGACCUUUAGCUGGAUAAUGAUCUCGAGGUACGCACAGUUUACUUCAAAAAUGUCAGGACGCUAUCUGUGACAGCACAGACCCAUGUAUGAGAGUUGGGUUGUCCAACAAUAAAGCCAUUUUCACUGGAGGCUCCGAAA